AUGAAGCGUGCUCGUGACAUUCGCGACCAGUUUGUCAACCUGCUGGAGCGCGUUGAAAUUUUGCCAAAGAGCAAUCCCGGCGAUCACGUUAGCAUCAGAAAGGUAAGUUAUUCAGUGACAGUUCGCGUUUCGUCGUCCCAGCCGACUUUCAGCCGUCUAACCCCCCCCCCACACACACCCUUCUCUCCGCACUCUUUUCAGGCCCUGACCGCGGGCUUCUUCUACCACACUGCUCGCUUCACCGGCAAUGGGUACAAGACUGUGAAACAUAAUCACACCAUCCAUCCGCACCCCAACUCCGCCCUCGCCGAGGAACAGCCGCGUUGGGUCAUCUAUCACGAGCUGGUCUUCACCACCAAGGAGUUUAUGCGUCAGGUCACGGAGGUGGAACCGCGUUGGCUUCUGGAAGUGGCUCCGCACUACUAUAAGGCGAAGGAGAUCGAGGAGACUACGCGCAAAAUGCCCAAAACCAAGGGCGUGUCCAAGGCCGAACUGGAUGCCCGGGAGGGCUGA